AUGCUUUUGACUAAAGUGAAGGGCGCCCUUGACCAGGUCAUGGCCUCCACGGGGAUGUUGACCGGGGACUCGGGUGGGCGCCAGUGCCCCUUCUGCCCUCGCACCUUCGCCUUCCCCAGUUACCUGCAGCGACACCUCACGUUGCACACCGGGGAGAAACCCUUUAGCUGCCACCGCUGCAACAGUCGCUUCACGCGCCGCAACCACCUCAAGGAGCACCUAAUGAGGAAGCACGGACAGCACCCGGUUACCCCCACCCACCUGCCCUCCUCCGCCGCCAUAGCCACCGCCGCCCACCCGCCCAGUGGCGCCUCGACUUUCCGCCCGCCGAUUUCCUCGACGUCGGCGGCUCCCGCAUCUCACGUAACAGACGUCCUUCACUUGGACUGA